AUGACGACCAUCACCAUCGGCACCCUGUCGGCGGCGGCGACGGCGGCGGCCGGCGCCAUCGGCCUCGGAUUAGCCGGCAUCGCAGCCUACACGAUCGGACACCACAAGCACCACCACCACGGGGGCGGCUAUGGAUACGGACACGGACAUGGCGGUGGAUACGGACACGGACAUCACGGCGGUGGUUACGGCUACGGACACGGACACAGCGGUGGCUACGGCUACGGACACGGGGGAGGGGGCCAUGGAGGCGGCUACGGCCAUGGCCACGGCCACGGCCACAGCCACAGCCACAGCCACAGCCACGGCUAUGGCUACCACAGGAGGAGGAGGGCGGCGGAGGGCGAGCAGGAAGGCCUGGAGAAGGUGAUGGAGGAGAUCAGAGCGGCGGACGUGAGCGGAUGCGGAGCCAGGUUGGUGUGCGAGCUCGCCGGGGAGAACGAUCGCCCUCUGACCGUCGAGGAAGUGGCUAUCCUGAGCCUCGUCGGGUGA